GCUGCAGCGCCAGAAGUGGUGCGGUUCAGGGGAAGAGAAGGCCGUUACAUUUGCACAAAGGCUUGGUCAAAAAGUGAUACAGUGCCACAGUCUACGCAGAAGCUUCUGAAAAUCUCAAAACAUGAUACAGACAUAAAACGUCUAAUCAUAUUGAACUUUCUCUCUUUUCUUUAACAAAUCUGCCAUGGUUGAUAAUAUAUCUGCAUUACACAGUAACAUCGAUCCAAAUUCUUUAGUACAUAAAGGAAAGAAUUUUGAUCAUUUGCGCAAGGUCAAUGACUACAAAGUGAAGGAAUUGAUCAAGCAAUUAAAACUGACGUCUGAGCUUCCUCUGAUUGAGACCCUAUCGCAGUCAUUCCCUCCCAACAGUGAUGAUGUGAGAGCAGAACAAACUGAAGAAACGCAGCUGUUAAACUCUGGACAAUCCAAGGUAAAGGAUUUGGCUCUGUCGAUAACUCCGGCGGUAUCUUUGGAAUUACAGUUGGGAUUUGCUAAGAUGACCAUUAACUUGGAUAAAGUAAUUGAUGAAUUGGGCAUCAGUGUAGCUAAACUGGCCAUUGGUAUAUGGGGAGGUGCACGCACGAGAAACGCACCUGAUAUCACGGUUUUUGGCUAUUAUCUACCCUUACUGAAGCCAUUUAUUAAUCUUGGUCAGCCUAUGUCAUAUGAAAGCUACGAGAUUUUCUCUGAAGGGGAGUUAUUGCUUACAAAUCCAAGCGUAACGUUUGAAUAUUGGACGACAACAAUGCCAAUAUUUAAUGCAAUCGUGUUUUGUGGACGUGCGAUUGGAGCAAGCGAUCUCAGUGCGGGAACAACAAUCAGAAGUGGUUUUAUUCAUGGGUUACUUCCAGUUGGGGCAAUUGGUAUUGGUCGCAUGCAGGCUUUGAAUUUUCUGUCAGAAAUCGUUAAUGAACUUUGGAUAAAGGGAGGAUCUGGUCAAGAUGAUCCAAUGUGGCAAGAGUGGUCAAAGAAAUUUGUACGCUCUAGUGGAUGCAAGGCUACUGUCAUUCGUGAUCUGGUACGACUAGCGAAGGAAGGCAACGAAGCAGCAUUACAGGUAUCUGAUAUUUGCACUGCUGCGGUGGCAUUUGGAUUAGCUCAGGUCAAUCUUUGCAAGAUUAUGGCCCUGGACUUUGGAUCAGGUCCCAGAAUCUACAGAGAAAGUGACUCCGGUUUCAAAGGACUCAAAUUGGAAGCAUCAGUACGUGAAAACAGUUAUAUUCCGUACCCUUACGAUGAGCGAUCCAUUAUGUUCCGCUCCUGUGGAGUUCCAGAAGAAUCAUUGGAAGUAUUGGUAAACUGGUUGGACAAUGAAAUCGCAAACACGACACUACUUGGAAUUGAAAACGGUGACCCCCCUGGUACGGUCAUAAUGGUACCAAGCUUUUGGUCAUUGGUGAGAACAGGCGCAAUCAAGUCCUUGGGACCUAUGGUAAAGAGAAUUGGUAUGGACAUCGCAGAAAAUUGCAUGGUUUGCGAAGGAAGUUGCACAAGCUUGGUGCACAAAGCCUCUCUUGGAACAUACGUCGGCUGCCGUACUGUCCUAUUUCUUAAUAUGCUCGUCUCUGUCUACGUUGGCGGUGUUCUGAAAAAAGCUGGUAUGGCCAUUGACCUGUGUCUACUCGCUGGUGAUCUGCCAAGAACCGUCAAAAGUCUAUGGGAGCUAAGCAAACAUGAUACCUUUGGACUUGCAUCAUUUUUGACUAGCUGGUAUGUGCUACGUUCCGGCGAAGAGGCUCCUCAUAUGGACUAUGGCACAGUAUUAGGGCUUGAAAUGGAUGGUCAGAUCCAUGGUCUACGAAAUGCAGUAAAGCCAGGAACGACAGGAUCUCCUUUGGUUAGCUUUGGGGGUCACAUACAACAUGGAGCGCAUACGUUUGCCUGUCUUGUAUUCGGCGAAAGAAACGAGCUUCGUCAUGAUCUAAGCAAGGCCCAUCUCUCGGUCAUCAAAGAGCAACCACCCGAUGUGACCCCAGCGCCAGCUUUAUUCGUUCGACCAGAACCAAAUUACAUUGCGGUUGACACUUUCCUGAUAUAUUCUGGAGAAGAACAAUUACAAGUAGACCUCGGUGCAUACGUGAAUAUGACGAACGUGCACAGAUGCGGCGAAACGGCUGUAGAAAUGGCAGUUCCUUUACAGGUUUCCCAAUGUGUCAACGGAUACAGUGUCGUGGACCUCCAUGAAGCAUUUCGGUUUGUACUUUAUACAUAUGGCAAAGAAACUUUACAAUCAUGGAUAUAUGGUGCGUUUCCUCCUGGAACGGCGUGGUUCCAAGGCUGUAGGCCUUUGCAUGCAGCUCUUGCGCUUGUUGGUCCGGGCGAAAUACUGAUCCAAGGAGGGCGCAAGAAUCUGAUAAAGGAAUGAAGAGGAAGCUCGUGUUUUUGCGUGUCAAUUACGCUGUGACUUGUCAAACGUUCACGUUGUUUUAAAUUGAAUAAUUGAAUAAAUAUAAACUAUUAAGUUAUUGUUGUUGAAGUAAA